AUGGCCAUUCGGUUUGGAUUCAACAAGGGCAACGCCUUGCCUCAGGGUUGGUUGAUCUCAUUGGCAUUGGUCAAUAGUCGAUUCUUCAAGGCGUGCAAGUUGACAUUGUCCAACUUUGCCAUCCCAUCAUUGAUCAUCUAUGACAACAUACGAGUUGCAUCAAAGUACUGUCUGUUUAAGAAGCCACCACUCCAUCUCAGAAGUGAUGAGAUCAGGUGUGUCCCAUACAGGAAGCGUCCAUUGUGUGCCGAGCGAUUGGAGAGCUUGACCGUGCCAUUCUCCAUCUUUGAGUAUCUGCAUGUCACUGGCACGUUACCCAAUCUCAAGACAAUCAACUUUGAAGAGGUUGAGAUUAUUCCAAGGUUUCGCAAGUGGCUGGACAAACGUGAUGAUAUUAGUGUGGAGCACGUCAUUAUACCUAUAUAUAUGCUCGACCCAAGAGUGAUCUACCCAAUCGUAUUCAGACGGUUACUCAGAUCACACAUCAAGGACAGACAUGGACUCCAAUCCAUCACGUUCACAACCAGAACAUUGGACAAUCCGUUUGGGGACAUGAAGGAUCUCCUACAACAAGAUCAGAGCGCAACAACUAUCAAUCUUAGGUGCUACGUCAGCAAUUUGACUAAAUACGAUACCACAACGACAUUCGACUCAUUGUCGCACAUCACAUCGAUCAAUGAAGGACUCAUAGCCAUCCCUUGGUUACACAAGAUGACCAACCUCACCAGUCUCCAUCUUCAGUCCGACCAAUCAGGUCAAGACCAAGGUAUGAUUGACCAACUUCAACAGUUCUACUUUGGUACGCACUCCCUUAACACUCUGGAGCUAAACAUAUCGUCAGCGAAUGUGAUCCGUUUGUUGCCUCGUUGUAAGACGACACCAAUCACAUCACUCACUUUGGCCUUCACAGAUAUUGAUCGUUUGGCCGUACUCCAUGUCAAGGGCAACCUGCACUCUCUGUUUGGUACCAUAGCUACACAUCUCCAACAGACCAUGAUCAAACAGUUGGAAUACCUCACCAUCUACAUGAAGCCCAACAACAUACCAUUCAGCAAACAUUGUCUGUCAGCAUUGACAGCACCACUCCAACUGCAUUGCAUCAAUGAUAAUCAGCCAAUAAACUUCUACAGACUAGUCAAUGUGUAG